AACAUCUUUUUUCACAGUAGCAUAUACAGGUUCCGUUAAAAGUAGAAUACAACCUGAGCCCUCAGUUCUCAGUCGUCUACCAUCUCCUCUCUCACAGUGGAUCUAAACAACGGGAAUGCUGGGUAGGAAACUGUUAGUGAGAGAAUGGAAGGGCCCUUUGACUCCAUCCCUUACCCACUGGCAGACCUCUCUGGGUCAACUUGCAGCAGAUGACUUCAACAGUAAAUGGUCUCACUAUAUUGAACACAGGUCAACGACAUCGCCAGCUCUAGAAACCAGAAAGGGCUAACUGUCAAGUGUCUUUUCUAAUUUUCUUUUGUUUUUGUUUGGUAGGUUGAAAGUUAUGGGGUUGGUGGGUUUUUUCCACAGUGAACUGCAUCUCAGUUCCGUAUUCUGUCUUUGUGUGGAAUAUUGUAAUUUUGUCUUUAAAAAUGAAUAAAGUUUAAGUCAUAAAAAAAUAAAAUACAACCUGUUUCAAAUCAGAUCCUCCUGCUGCAACAGAUUUACUUGAAAUUAACGUGCAAGAGGAUCAAGUCUAGAUCUAUCUAUCUAUAAUGUUGAAAAUAGAAAACUUAAUUAACUAAAACUCUUCAACCAAAGGGAUAGAAGAAGCGCUUGUGGCUCCGGAGCCUCAGAAUGCAGACCCCCCCUGCGUUGGACUGAAACAUGUUUACAUCUUCAUUUUAGAAGAAAAAAAAUUCAACUUGAACAGCAGGAAAUGGAAUAAAUCAAGAGACUUUCAGGCUUGGAAAACAAAAACAUAUAAAAACACUAAUGAGAAUCUCAUUCGUGACGCCGUUUAGGAACAUUUCAGUUAGCAAAAAACGUUUUUUUGUUUUUUCUUAUAUCUCUAGAUAAGGGCGCUGCUAAAAGAUGGCCAUCGCUCACGUGGCGACGGAAUACGUGUUCUCCGACUUUCUGCUGAAGGAGCCGAACAAGCCUCAGUACCGCAGCGUCCGCACCGAGCUGGCCAUGGACAAGAUGGUGACCUGCGUGGUGGUGGGGCUGCCGCUGCUCUUCAUCUCACUGGCCUUCGCUCAGGAAGUCUCUGUAGGCACCCAGAUCAGCUGUUUCGCUCCGAGCAACUUCUCCUGGAGGCAGGCGGCUUAUGUCGACUCCUUCUGCUGGGCAGCCGUUCACUCACACACUCUACCUCUGUGGCUGCACAAGUUCUUCCCCUACAUCCUGCUGCUGGUGGCGAUGCUGAUGUACACCCCGGCGCUGUUCUGGAGGUUUUUUGCGGCCCCCAUCCUGCAGUCAGACCUGGGCUUCAUCAUGGAGGAGCUGGACAGGUGUUAUAACCGAGCGGUCACUCUGGCCAAACGGGUUGCAGCGCUUCACCUCUCUGCAGACAGCGACCCCACUGAGGGCUGCUUCAAUUACCCGCUGGUGGAGAAGUUUCUGAUGACCAAGCGCUUCUCGCGGCGGCUGCUGUUCUACUACCUGCUGUGCCGCGGCCUGACGCUGGUCACCCUGCUGUGCGCCUGCAUCUACAUGGGGUACUACUACAGCCUGGCCUCCGUCAAAGACGACUUUGACUGCAAGCUGCGGGUGGGGCUGCUGGAAUCCGACCCCACCGUUCCGGAAAAGGUCCAGUGUAAACUCAUCGCCGUGGGCGUCUUCUCUCUGCUGAGUCUGGUCAACCUGGUGGUGUUCGCUGCGCUGAUGCCGGUGGUGGUCUUCGCCGGGCUGCGGCCGCUCCUCUUCCGGGAGCACGCCAAGUUCCUGGAGAUCUACCAGUCCCUCCCCACUGUGGGCGUCCUGCCCCCCCCCAACGGACAGUGUGACGACCUCUCCAUGUACCUGCUCUUCCUGGAGGAGAACCUCAGCGAGUUGAAGUCCUACAAGUACAUUAAAGUGUUGGAGAUGUUGAGGAGGCGUGGAGAGUGCUCCGGGGAAAACUUCGACACCAUGGGCCUGCUGCAGACGCUCUGCCCCGUUAAAAUGGAACAGGUGGACGGGAAGAAACCUCAGACCACCGCAGAGAAACUGGAUGAAACCAAAAUAAACCUGACUGAUGGAAACGCUGAGAAAAACCUCCACGCUCCAAAUCCAACCUCCGAAAACGAAACAGAGAUGAAAGAGCUCAGCCCGUUGUUGGCGAAGGAAGUGACGGACAGCAGAGCAGGAGAGGGCGGGACCCUUCGGCAGCGGGCGAUGUGAUUGGCUGCUGACGUUGCAACUUAAAUGGAUAGAUGAAAUCAUGGAGAUGGCUAAAGUAUUUCAAAGAUGCUUUUGUGUUUAGAUCCGCGCUCACAGCUCCGUCGAAGAGAAACAAAAGAUGUGUGGAAAUGUUCAUGUUUACACGGCUGUUAGGGUUUUUUUUGUUUAGAUAUAUUUUUUUAAGGAUGAGACAAUCUCACCAUAGCUGUUCAUGAAAACGGAACUCCAAGCGGUGGAUGAGCUGCUCCACUUUAGAUGAGAAACCUUUUUUACAGCUUCUGCCAUCUGAACUCCUUCAGAGUAAAAGCAGCAGCUCUGUCAGAAAAGCACUGACUGGACGGGCUUCUCCUUAUUUGUGUUUGUUUUUUUUUUUGUGUGCAGUUUUUCCAUUUUUGCUGUCUUCGUGGCAGACUUGACUUUUUGUAAUCUGACACGUCCUGACAUAUUUCAUAUUAUUGUGAAGGGCUGAUGACGUGACAGGAAACCGUGCCUCAAUGUUUUGGUUCUGAUUCUGAAAAAUGUGGAUUGUUUCUCAAAAGUUAGACCUGCUGAAUGUUUUCUUAAAGGUGCAAACACACUUCUGCUGACGGGACGAACAAAAAAGUGGUGUUGAAUGUACAUUUGAAAUAACUGGAGUCAAAAAGCUUUAGUCAGAAACAGACUUCAGGAACGAACGCUAGUUUUUACGGAAUGACUCUUCUGUCCAGCGUACGAGCAUCUAUUCGCCGCGGUACGACUUUCUCCUUGUUGCUGCUCGUGUUUGUGAAAGGUUGAUCUUUUUUCUGUGAUGGCGUUCUUCGUCUGCUCCUUCUGAGCCAACUGACAACAAGCAGCGCCGCAAACUUUGUCUUUUGAUCAGUUUGUGCUUGAGGAUUUAUUUGUGAUUGUUGUUUUGUCUGAAUUUGCCAAAAUAAACGUUGUGAACAGAU